AUGGCCGGCUUCGACUUCUCCAACCACAACCGCAACGCCGCCCUGCACGCCCAGGGUGUGCCCCUGCCCAAGGCCACCAGCACCGGCACCACCAUCGUCGGCGCCCUCUUCGACGGUGGCGUCGUCAUCGCCGCCGACACACGUGCCACCAGCGGGCCCAUUGUUGCAGACAAGAACUGCGAGAAGCUGCACUACAUCGCCCCCCACAUCUGGUGCGCCGGUGCCGGGACCGCGGCCGACACCGAGUUCACCACGGCCAUCAUCUCGUCCAACCUCGAGCUGCACGCCCUCUCCACCGGCCGCAAGUCGCGCGUGGUGACGUGCAUGACGAUGCUCAAGCAGCACCUGUUCCGCUACCAGGGCCACGUCGGGGCCUACCUCGUCAUCGCCGGCGUCGACCCCACGGGCGCCCACCUCUUCACCGUCCACGCGCACGGCUCCACGGACAAGCUGCCCUACGUCACCAUGGGCUCGGGCUCGCUGGCCGCCAUGUCCGUCUUCGAGACGCAGUGGAAGCCCAGCCUGUCGCGCGAGGCCGCCGUGGAGCUGUGCGCCAACGCCAUCGAGGCCGGCAUCUGGAACGACCUGGGCUCCGGCAGCAACGUGGACGUGGCCGUCAUCAGCGCGGACAAGACGACGCUGAUGCGCAACUACAUGACGCCCAACGCGAGACAGCCCAAGCAGCGCAACUACCGCUUCCAGAAGGGCACCACCGCCGUCCUGAACGAGAAGGUCAUCACGAAAGAGGACAUUGGCAAGUACGUGACCGUGUCUGAGCUGCAGGACGCCGACCUGACAGCCACGGCCGAGAGCAUGGACGUCGACAGAUAG